AUGUUGCUUUAUAAGCAGAAGAAGAAUCAGGCCGCAAAGGGCAUCCGAUUUUUGAUUAGUGUUACGGUGUUGGGUAGUGCGGGUCCGAUUAGAUUCGUGGUGAAUGAGGAGGAACUUGUUGCUGCGGUGAUUGAUACCGCUUUGAAAUCGUAUGCUCGUGAGGGCCGAUUACCCAUUCUCGGGUCAGAUCUCAACAAUUUCGUUCUGUAUUGCCCCAAUGCCGGAACUGAAGUUCUGUCUCCGUGGGCGUCGAUUGGAUCGCUUGGGGUGCGAAAUUUCAUGCUGUGCAAGAAGCCUCAGACAGAGAGGGCCAUUGAUGAUGAGAAGUCACAGGAAAUGAGUCGGAAGGGGUCUAGAAGUUUGGUGGCCUGGAUCAAUAAAUCUUUCAAUCUAAAGAUAUCUUCCCAUUGA